AUGCUUAGUUAUAAAUGGUGGGAUCUCCGGGUUGACACUAAGGGAGGAAGUGACCAAUGGGCCAAGGGUCCGCAAGAGGUUAAAAACAAAACACUCACCAAUGCCAGGGGAGAAAAGCGCUGGCUGAGCAGCAGCUCCAGCUCGAGCUCACUAUUACCUUUCAGGCCCUAUCUUAUCCCGAACCACUAUGCCUCGUCAUACCGCCUAAGGAAGUUCCCUUGGUCUGACCUCGGGGUCACAUACAUUAGACUGGCGCUGCUAUUACGGCUGACACAGCUACUUGCACUACUAAUAGCAAUAGCUCGAACUCGGAUUGGGGGGACGCAACGCAGUAUAAAUCCGAGGAUACAAAAGAAGCGAAGUGAAGUCACUUUCGAUAGGCCUAUAUCUCGCCUUCCACUACCGGCAGAGGAAAGCAAGUUUCUUUCGGCCUCAGGGGGACCUAUUGGAAAGAAAGAAGAUCUCAUGCCAUCAGGUCUUGCUCGUAUAUACUGGGAUGUGGCCCUAGAAGAAAGUGCCAUAUGA